AUGGAUUAUCACGAAAGAAUGAGGAGCAGGCAUAAGCGAAUGAGGUCAAGGUCAUUAGAUCGGAAACGAAAAAGAUCCAAAUCACCAGAACAAAAACAGAAAAAACCAAUAACUGCCUACAAACAUGAACUAGGAAGAUUUUUGGAAGAGCAGUCUAGUAUCAACAAUACCAGCGAUUUCUGGAGAUUCUACGAAAAAUACAAAUCGCUACAAAGUUUACAAAAAUCUGAUGUAGAUAAACACAAACUGUUAAAUCUAGUUUUUAUGGAAGAUUUAUCAUUUUUAUAUGAUAAACUUCCCGUUCUAGAUAGAAGAGGAAACCGUCUUGAUAUUUCAAAGGAGGAUUUUAAGGACUUAUUAUUAGUCAUUAGAGUGUAUCAAGAUUUUCAACAAAAAAGCAAUUUUGCCAAACUCCACAAGUUGAAACUGUUUCAAAAUGAUUUACCAAUUGCACAACACAAAGCAGAAAUUAUAGAAAAACUUAGUCAAUCAAGAGUUUUGUUAAUCGCUGGUGAUACAGGUUGUGGUAAGUCUACACAAGUUCCUCAGUACAUUUUAGAAGCUGGUUACAAUAAAAUAGCAUGUACACAACCGAGGAGAAUAGCCUGCAUAAGUUUAGCCAAAAGAGUGGCAUAUGAAACACUAACUGAAUACAAAAAUACAGUAGGGUACCAAAUUAGAUUUGAAAAAACAAAAAGGGCUGAUACUAAUAUCAUAUUCUUGACUGAAGGUUUGCUUUUAAGGCAAGCUUCUGAAAAAGAAACUCUUGAAUCAUAUGAUGUAAUUAUUUUGGAUGAAGUGCAUGAAAGGAAUUUACAUGGUGAUUUUUUAAUAGGAAUUAUGAAAUGCCUGUUACAUCAACGGGAUAAUUUCAAGCUGAUUCUCAUGUCUGCAACUAUAAAUCUUGAACUAUUUUCUAAUUAUUUUGAUGAUGAGCAAAUACAGGUAAUAAAAGUUCCUGGAAGAUUGUAUCCUAUUGAUAUUCAAUACAGACCAAUUAUCAAAGAUCCCUAUGAAAGAAAACGAGAGAAACUAGACUGUACUCCUUAUUUGCAAAUUUUACAAAUGAUAGAUGAGAAAUAUCAAGCCAAUCAGAAAGGUGAUAUGUUAAUAUUUCUUAAUGGGUUUUCUGAAAUAUCAACCUUAGCUGAUGCAGUAACUGAGUAUAGUCAGAUUAAGAAGAAUUGGAUUGUUUUGCCUUUACACAGUUCAUUAUCUUUGGAAGAACAAGACAAGGUAUUUGAUUAUCCUCCAGAAGGUGUCAGAAAAUGCAUAAUUUCCACCAAUAUUGCAGAAACCUCAGUGACAAUUGAUGGAAUUAGAUUUGUAGUUGAUUCUGGAAAAGUUAACAGAAUGAGUUACAAUACAAAUGUUGGUGUGAAUAAAUUGAGUGAAUGUAGCAUAUCUCAAGACAGUGCAAAACAGAGAUCAGGUAGAGCUGGUCGUACGGGUCCGGGUACCUGUUUCCGAUUAUACUCGGAAGACGAUCUUAAAAGUUUUGAACCUUUCACUCCGGCGGAAAUCCACCAAGUCCCUUUAGAUUCUUUACUGUUGCACAUGAUUUCAUUGGGGCUCAACGAUAUCGCCAAUUUUCCAUUUGUUGAAAAACCGGCCACCAAAAGUUUGGAGGAAAGUAUGGAAAAAUUGAAAUUCAUAGGAGCUUUGGAAUUGGAUAAUGAUUUGUUGGCCUUAACGCAGCUAGGAGAUUGUUUAAGCCAGUUGCCGGUUGAUUUGACAAUAGGUAAAAUGCUAAUCAUGUCGACAGUAUUUGGUAACGUAAAUUCAGUAUUAGCCUCUGCAUCGCUUUUGAGCAUCCAGAGUCCUUUGACACAACAAGCGCAACGCAAUUCAGAAGCUAGGGAUCUCAGAAAACCCAUGGAAUCUGACCACGGUGAUCCCUUAUCGUUACUGAAUUUCUAUAAAGAGUGGUUAAGCGUCAAACAAACGUCUACAGUUGCAAAGAGUCGAUCCAAAAGAGAUAGCGGUAUGAGUUCUAAAGUUUGGGCUAGAAAAAGGUGUCUUGAAGAACAAAGAUUCUACGAGGCGACCAAACUAAUUGAACAAUUUCGAGAAAUAUUACAAGAAGCGGAUUUGUUACCGAAAAUUACUGAAACCGACUUAAGCAGCGGUGAGCGGUCUAUUAGAUUGGGCGAAUUAAAACAAUUAAAAUCGAUGCGAUAUCGUUUUAAAAACGACGAUAAAAACAAGAAUAGAAAACAGUUAAAAUAUGAAAUGUAUAACCAUGGAGAUGCGGAUCAGGAUAGUGAGAGGGUUGAUAUUCGCGAUGUUGAAUUUAGAAUAUCUAAUGAUUUUAAAAGGCUUCAACGACUACUUAACGAAGCGUCUGCAGAUAGUCAUAAAGAUCUUAUGACACUAAAAAUCAUCUUGGCCAGCGGGCUAUAUCCGCAAAUAGCCGUUGAAGACGAAUUUAAUUCAUCCAAAACAAUACUAGAACGCCUUUAUCACACCAAACAUAAAAACUACGUUUUCCUAAGACCAGACAGCUAUUUCGCUACAAAUCCCGAAGUCUUGGAGCUGCACAACGAUGAUAUUGAAGUACCGCCCGCCGGAUAUUUCAGCAGGAGGCCUAUAAGCAGAAAACAUCAGAUUUCGGUAUAUCAAACCAUACUGGAAACAAAGAAAGUCUAUUUGGUAAACACCAUGAGGAUGCCUGCAUUACAAACUUUGUUGCUUUUAGGAAAAACGGUUGCCACUAAUGAAACUUUUACGAAAUUUGUGGUGGACGGGUUUUUGAUGUUUGACGUUCCAUAUUUUGGACAAGGUAAAGCAUUGUUGCUACAAGCCAUUGCUAUAAGAAAAACGUGGAAAAUGAAAUUAGAAUCAAAACUGAAAGAUCCAACCAGUACCAAAACCGAUCAAAGAGAAAUAUUCUACUUUACAGAAGACCUUGUAAAGUAUAUGACGACAGAAGUGAGCUACAACAUUAAAAGAUUAUUGCCGGCGGAUUUAAAAGACGUGUUUUCGCAUAAUUGUGAAAUAUUCGAUUUAGAGAGAAUUUCCCAAAACACUAAAAAUCCAUUUUCUGAAGAUUAUAGAAUAAGUAAGAACCUCGAAAUGGGUGGCAUCAAUAUCACGGAAAAUAUUGUAUAUGGCUGUCUUCUACAAGAAGAAUGGGCGUAUAAUAUAGAACAAGAAGUGAUAAAUACUGAAUUCGUUUGUAAAUAUUGUAAAAAAACUUGUUUAGGUUCGAGUCUUUUUGGAAACAUUCGUCAUGAAACAUUUUGCAGUAGCAGAACUGAAGAAGGAACUAGUGGUAAUAAAGACGAAAAUGAAGAAGAAGAAGUUAUUGUAAAGUCGAAUUCUAGAAUGUACCACUGCGAUGUUUGUGGAAAGAAUUUAAUGUUGACUCCAGUUGAUAUUUUAAGACACAAAAAAUCUUGUAAAUAA